UGCGGCCGACGACCCGUUAUCUUGGAUUUACAUAUCGUUGUAAUGCAAUUUAGAAUUACACGUUAGCCUCGCGGUAACUGGCAGGCCGUCGUGCGGCCAGAAUUGCGGUCAACUACUUAGGCGACAUGCAGCCUCGUUCUUGCGUACUUAAUAAGCUUCAACAAAAUUACAAUCGAUUCUACCGUCACCAUGGGCGUCGGAGUUUAGGCAGGCGUCAGCUUGCAGUUCAUGCCAAGCUGCGCGACUUUCAGCGAGAGCUGGUUGUCGGCAUCGAUCUUGGCACCACCAACUCCGCGGUAGCAUAUAUUGAAAACGGCAGACCCAAAUGCAUCCCAAAUGCGGACGGCGAGACCAUCACGCCCUCUGUCGUCAGCGUACUCGAAGACGGUGAAGUGGUGGUGGGCCGUGCCGCCCAGCGCCUCGCCGUCUCCCACCCGCACACCACCUACUACAGCGUGAAGCGCCUCAUAGGCCGGCCAUACGACGACCCUGCCGUACAGGAGGAAGCUGCCAGACUGCCGUACAAGGUGUGUCGCGACGAGGAGGGCGGUGUGGUGCUGGAGUGCCCGCACGUGGAGCCGGGCUACCUGUACCCGGAGGAGGUGAGUGCGCAGGUGCUGUCGCAGCUGCUGGCGGAUGCGGCAGCCCACGUGGCAGCAGCGGGGCCGGCGGGGGGCAGCAGCAGCGGGG